UGUUCCGGAGGUGAGGCAGCUGCCAUGGCACCCCGACCGUCGUCGGGGGAAUUAUGGGGUCUCCACCUGAUGCCCCCGCGCAUCCUGGUGGACUGUUGCCUUCCCAACGGGAUGAUGGUGAGCCUGGAGUGUCUUCGAGAAACUCCUCUCAUCAGCAUCAAACAGCAGCUCUUCACAGAGGCCAGGAAGUAUCCCCUCUACCACCUUCUCCAGGAGGAGUCCAGCUACAUCUUUGUGGGCGUGACCCAGGAAGCAGAAAGGGAAGAAUUUUACGAUGAGACAAGGCGGCUGUGCGACCUCCGCUUGUUUCACCCCAUCCUGAAAGUGAUUGAGCCGCUGGGAAAUCGUGAGGAGAAGAUUCUGAACCGAGAGAUCGGAUUCGCCAUCGGGAUGCCAGUCUGCGAGUUUGAGAUGAUGAAGGACCCGGAGGUUCAAGACUUCCGUCGAGCCAUAUUGGGCGUGUGCAGGGAGGCCAUGGAGGAGCGGGAGGGGGGCGGUGCCCACAGCCAAGCGCUCUAUGUUUAUCCUCCAAAUGUCGAGUCCAGCCCCCAACUCCCACAGCACAUCUACAGCAAGCUGGACAAAGGCAGACUGAUUGUAACCAUUUGGGUGAUCGUAUCGCCGACAAACUCCAAACAGAAAUAUACGCUAAAGGUGAGCCACGAUAGCCUUCCCGAGCAGCUGAUAGCAGAGUCCAUCAGGAAGAAGAGCAGGUCCAUGCACCUUUCCCCUCAGCAGCUCCGCCUCUGCGUACAAGAGUACCAGGGCCAGUACAUCCUCAAGGUGUGUGGCUGUGACGAGUACCUGUUGGAAAAGUAUCCACUCAGUCAGUACAAGUACAUCCGCUCCUGUAUCAUCGUAGGUCGUCUUCCUCACCUCAUGCUGGUCUCCAAGGACAGUCUUUACUGUCAACUUCCCGCCUCCAGCUUCGUCACUCCUUCCUACAGUCGCCGGACCCCGCAGCCAUCUCCCUGUCCCGGAGGGACCGACGGCUCUCCCCCACGCUCGCUGUGGGCCUUCAACAGCCGGCUGAGGGUCCGACUGCUCUGCGCCACCUACGUCAAUGUCAACAUCCGAGAUAUUGACAAGAUCUACGUAAGAACGGGGAUUUAUCAUGGAGGAGAGCCGCUGUGUGACAAUGUCAACACGCAAAGAGUCCCAUGCUCGAACCCAAGAUGGAACGAAUGGCUGACCUACGAUAUCUACCUGGCCGACCUGCCCCGCUCAGCCCGACUCUGCCUGUCUAUCUGCUCUGUGAAGGGAAGGAAAGGAGCUAAGGAGGAACACUGUCCACUGGCUUGGGGAAAUGUGAAUCUCUUCGACUAUAAGGACAUUCUGGUUUCGGGGAAAGUGGCGUUAAGUUUGUGGCCCGUGCCUCACGGCCUUGAAGACUUGUUGAACCCUAUUGGGGUGGCCGGUUCCAAUCCUAACAAGGAAUCUCCCUGUGUCGAACUCGAGUUCUCCUGGUUCAACCAGCCGGUUGUUUUUCCAGACGAGCAGCAAAUUGAAGAACAUGCCAACUGGACCAUCAGCAGGGAGCUGGGUUUCAACUACACGCAUGGCCUGAACAGUCGCCUGGCGUGUGACAGCAGUGUUUCAGCAGCAGAUGCUGAGCAGCUUCGGUGCCUUUGCUCCAAAGAUCCCCUCUAUGAACUCUCGGAACAAGAGAAGGACUUCCUGUGGAGACACAGACAUUACUGUGUCAAUAUUCCAGAGUCUCUUCCCAAGCUCCUUCUUUCUGUCAAAUGGAAUUCCAGAGAUGAAGUAUCUCAGAUGUACUGCCUUUUGAAGGAGUGGCCUCUGAUGGAGUCCGAGUCAGCUCUGGAGUUACUGGACUGCAACUUUCCUGACCCGAUGGUGAGAGAGUUUGCGCUGCGCUGCCUGGUCCAGAGUCUGACGGACGACAAGCUUUCCCAGUACCUACUGCAGCUCGUACAGGUGUUGAAGUAUGAGAUGUACCUGGACAACCCGCUGGCCCGUUUCCUGAUCAAGAAAGCCUUGACUAAUCAGAGGAUUGGACACUUCUUCUUCUGGCAUCUCAAGUCAGAGAUGCACAAUAAGACGGUGUCGCGUCGCUUUGGCUUGCUGCUGGAAGCCUUCUGCAGAGCAUGUGGCAUGUACCUCAAACACUUGAACCGACAGGUGGAGGCCAUGGAUAAACUGGUGAACCUCACGGAUACGCUGAAACAGGAAAAGAAAGACGAAACGCAGAAAACUCAGAUGAAGUUCCUGGUGGAGCACAUGUCCCGUCCAGAUUACAUGGAAGCUCUGCAGGGAUUUGUCUCUCCUUUGAACCCCGUGCACCAGCUGGGACACCUCAGGCUGGAGGAGUGCAGGAUAAUGUCGUCGGCAAAGCGUCCGCUGUGGCUGAACUGGGAGAACCCCGACAUCAUGUCGGAGCUGCUUUUCACCAACAACGAGAUCAUCUUCAAGAACGGCGAUGGUAGAAAGUGUUGCACGGGAUGGCGGGUCAUGUGGCUCCCUUGUAACCAACUCGUGUUUGAGUGUUUUCCAGAUCUACGGCAGGACAUGCUGACGCUACAGAUCAUCAAGAUUAUGGAGAAUAUCUGGCAGAACCAAGGCCUGGACCUGCGCAUGCUUCCCUAUGGAUGCCUGUCCAUCGGCGACUGUGUUGGUCUCAUCGAGGUGGUCAAGAGCAGUUUCACCAUCAUGCAGAUUCAGUGCAAAGGAGGCCUGAAGGGGGCGCUGCAGUUUAACUCCAACACUUUACAUCACUGGAUUAAAGACAAGAACCGUGGAGAGGCGUAUGACCGUGCCAUCGACUUGUUUACCAGGUCGUGCGCCGGCUACUGUGUGGCCACGUUCAUUCUGGGAAUUGGCGACCGCCAUAAUUCCAACAUCAUGGUGAAAGAGAACGGACAGCUCUUCCACAUCGACUUCGGUCACUUCCUGGACCACAAGAAAAAGAAGUUCGGUUACAAGCGGGAGCGGGUCCCCUUUGUGCUCACGCAGGACUUCCUGAUCGUCAUCAGCAAAGGAGUCCAGGAGUCAACCAAGACAAAAGAGUUUGACAGGUUCCAGGAGAUGUGCUAUAAGGCCUACCUGGCCAUUCGCCAGCACGCCAGCCUCUUCAUCAACUUGUUCUCUCUGCUGCUCGGAUGCGGAAUGCCUGAAUUGCAGAGCUUCGACGACAUUGCCUACCUGCGGAAAACCCUGGCACUGGAGAAAAGCCAGCAGGAGGCGUUGGAGUACUUCAGCAAACAGAUGAAUGACGCCCAUCAUGGAGGCUGGAGCACCAAGAUGGACUGGAUCUUCCACACUAUCCGACACAUGCCCAAUGAGCACUAGCUAACAAACGCACACGCACUACAACGUUGUAACAGCAACGCCAAUCUCAGGGUUGCGGGUCCGAGAAUGCCAAAGGCGUCGUCCCCUUCUUUCGGUGCUAAUGUUAAGCCAGUGAGCUGCUGUUGUAGCAUGCAUUUGAAACAAACUUUAUUGACCAGCUGCUGUGAAGACAAAAAAAAAAAAAAGCAAUAAAAACUUUGAGACAAUCAGCCCGAGCCAAUUUAGGGGAUUGGGGGGGGGGGGGGCUUUAUUAGCAGGGGACAGAGUAGAAAAACCUUUGAAAUUUGGGGUUAAACCUACAGCAUGAAUUCUCGCAUUAACAGCAGCAUAACUGGUGAAUGAUGAAGAAUGAUUGGUUGUUGAUGCAAUCACUGUUUAUUGAUCGAGUCCACUGCGUGUAUAGUGAUGUUUGCACUGUGUGACAGUACUUUGCUAAAACGAGGUGUGACUUUUGCGAAAGAAAUCAAUGAAAUAAAUGAUUUCAAGAAGA